AAUGCCGGCGGUGCUCGCCAGCACCGGGAUUACAAGAUUCGAUCUCGUUCAAAUCGACCGUCGCACACAAUUCCGCCGACAAUCGUCGUCAUCAUGCAGUAUCUAAUCUUAGCGUUUGCGAUCUUUGGUUGCGUCUGCGGACAGUUCGGAUCGUAUCGCGGCUUUCCCAGCCAAAAUGCAUACAGACCGACACCGAGGCCUUAUCAGUCGCAACCGCCGCCGCCGCCGCAGCAGCAAUACACAUCCGCCUCGAGGCCGUUCAUAGGCAUUCGAAACCAACAGAAGGAUUCAUCACCGGACGGAUCUUACAGCUUCAGCUACGAAACCGAGAACGGGAUUUCGGUGUCCGAAAGUGGAUAUCCUCAAGCCGGACCUCAGGGUCAAACAGAAGUGGUGCAGGGUAGAUUUUCGUAUCCCGCGCCCGACGGCACCCCCAUCACCAUCGAGUACACGGCCGACGAGAACGGUUUCCGGGCGCAGGGCGCGCACAUUCCUACGCCACCCCCGAUACCGGAAGCGAUCAGAAGGGCGCUCGCGGCAAAUCCACCCGGACCCGACGACGAGAAAUACGACCGACAGCCGUUCCAGCAAAGAUUCGGCGGACCCGCGUACAAUGCCAAUCCGUACCGGAGGUUUUAGUUUCGCUGCCGCGACGCACGUCUCGAGAUUUGUUCCACGACCAGCAGCGAAGCCAGACGGAAUAUCCGCUAGAAGCAUAGGAGCUAAGACAUCGACGGCUUUCUUUUUGGUCACCUCUCUAUUUGCCCUCUCCUCUUCCCUAUCGGCCGCUAAUCCGAAGUGAUACGUGUAUAUAGGACACACACAGCAUGGUGAUUCAACAACAAGAGUAUCCUACAGCAAUAACUGUAUAACUGUCGUUAUGCAAUAAAUCAGUACACACUUGUUUCUA